AAGCAUAAAACCAUUGUGGAGCCAAGAUUCAAGGGGCAUCAAUGGAGGAAAAAUAUUAAAGAAAUGGAGGAGGGUGUAUGCAUAGAAUUAUCAUGGACACAGUGCGGGGGGCCCAUCUCUUUCCUAAAAGGAAGACAGAAUAAUUAAGCGACCCAGCUUCUCUUAUGAUGGGAUAUUGCAUCAGGUUAACUUCACCCCAGUCUCAGUCUCUUUGAAUUACCAAACCCUAGUCUCUUCUCUCUUUACUGCUAAUCCUCAUCUCUUUUCCUCUUUCUGUGCUCUCCGGAAACUUUUGUAGAUGGUGGCAUAGCUGCCUAUACUGAAGUUUUAACUCCGGAGUUUUUGAUUGAUAAGGGCAGUGAUUCAUCUGCUCCCUGUAUUGCAAACUAUCCCCUCUUUCUUCUAUCUUUGGCUCAACUUCAGUCCUUUUUUCCUUUGAUUUCCCGAAAGCUAUGGAGUUCCUGAGCUCAAUCGUGGGUCUGAUCCCCUGCUUCUAUGAUCACACCUCCAAGCAUACGGUCUACAUUCGUGAUCUAAACAAAAAUCUCCAAGCCUUGAGGAAGGAAAUGGCGAAGCUCAACAACUUGUAUGAAGAUGUGAAGGCAAAGGUUGAACGUGCAGAGGAACGACAGAUGAUGCGCACAAAGGAAGUGGGUGGCUGGAUCUGUGAAGUAGAAGUCACAGUGACAGAAGUUAAAGAAACUCUGCAAAAGGGCGAUCAAGAAAUCCGGAAGAGAUGUCUCGGAUGCUGUCCCAGGAAUUGUUGGUCUAGCUACAAGAUUGGAAAGGCAGUAAGCGAAAAGCUGGUUGCUGUAUCUGGUCAAAUCGGCAACGGACAUUUCGAUGUUGUAGCCGAGAUGUUGCCUCGUCCUCCAGUUGAUGAUCUGCCCAUGGAGGCGACUGUGGGCCCACAAUUGGCGUAUGAAAAGAGCUGUAGGUUUCUCAAAGAUCCACAAGUGGGAAUUAUGGGAUUGUAUGGAAAGGGGGGUGUUGGCAAAACCACCCUCUUGAAGAAAAUCAACAAUGAAUUCCUUGCAACAUCCAAUGACUUUGAGGUUGUGAUUUGGGCUGUGGUGUCAAAAUCGCCCGACAUUGAAAAAAUUCAGCAAGUUAUUUGGAAUAAAUUGGAAAUCCCACGUGAUAAAUGGGAAACUAGAAGCAGUAGGGAGGAGAAGGCUGCAGAAAUUUUGAGAGUUUUGAAAAGAAAAAGGUUCAUCUUGUUGUUGGAUGACAUUUGGGAGGGACUUGAUCUCCUAGAAAUGGGGGUCCCGCGUCCAGAUACUGAAAAUCAGUCCAAGAUAGUUUUGACGACCCGAUCACAGGAUGUCUGCCACCAAAUGAAAGCUCAGAAGAGUAUAGAAGUGGAAUGUUUGGAGUCAGAAGAUGCCUGGACUUUGUUCCGGAAGGAGGUAGGAGAAGAAAUAUUAAAUUCUCAUCCGGAUAUACCGAUGCUUGCAAAGGUUGUUGCUGAAGAGUGCAGAGGUUUACCUCUCGCUCUUGUCACUCUUGGGCGGGCCAUGGCAGCUGAGAAAGAUCCCUCAAACUGGGACAAGGCAAUACAAAAUCUACGCAAAUCUCCAGCUGAAAUCACAGAGUUGGGGCUUGUUCUAGAGGUUCUGACAACAGCUGGGAUUCAAUUAGCUCUAUGUAGUGGGGCCUUGAGUUUUUUGAUUGGAUGCAGAGUAGGGUCUUGUUCUACCUGUUCUUACUCAGUUGGGAUCUGAGCUUCUUCGGCUGCUUCCGUUUCAUCCUGCUCUUUUUCCUUCUAAUUGGUAUAGAUGUGAGCUGGAUUAUGUUUGCUUGCUGGUCUGAGUUUCUGAUAUGUCUAGUGGCGGUGUGCUGAUUCUCAGAGUAUCGUUAUUCAUGGUGCUCGGUCUGCUGGGAAAGUUGGUUAAUGUCCAGAUGCAGGGGCUCAUCUCGGCAGGCUUUGGUUGGGAUCCAUGUGUUUGCUGGAAUUGGAUUCUGUGGGUUGCCUUUGGCUUUUGAUGUAGGCCGGGUUUGUUUUCUUUGUUGAGGCUGGUGGAGUAUGGUGGCUCAGAAGCUGCUAGUAAUCUGUCUGUUGUAUGCUGACGCUGGAAUCUUCAUGGAGGUUGCUCUGGUGGGUCAAUAUGAUAUGGGAAUGCUUUUGCCUUUUGAGUCCUUGGGCGUCAGCUGGUUGCUUGUGUUUCCUCUGCGCUUUAGUUCAUAUACCAGAGUGCAUACUUCCUUGAGUUCCAUAUCCCACUGCCAAGUGUGUUGUCCAUGAUGUAAUGUAAAGCAGUUAAUUUGUAUACCUGGCCUUAAGUUCCUCUCUAGAAAACUUUGAACGCCCUUUAUGAAUGAAAUGUUGUGAGAAAAACUGGAGUUGAUUUUCA